AUUCUUUCUUUUUUAAAGUCUUCUCUGCCUGUCUGUUCAAAUGGAGCUUUCUCUGUCUAUGAUUCUAAAUAAAGCCUCUCCUUCAUCUGUUCAUCUCUCUCCCUCUCUCUCUGUCUACAGUUGAGUGCUGUUUUAAUCAUUUCAAUUUGUCAAUUCUCCUCUGUUUUCAUUUUGUAGUUUCAACAAAUUAUUUUCAUCGGUUCAUGCCAUAACAUUGAGUAUCAAGAAAUGGCUGCAAACAAAAUUGCGAGCAUAUUGCAUAGAAACACGAACAAGAUUACUUAUAUUCUAAUCUAUGCAGUUCUUGAAUGGAUUUUGAUGGUCCUUCUCCUCUUAAAUUCUCUGUUUUCUUAUGUGAUCAUAAAAUUUGCGGAGUAUUUUGGGCUGAAGCCCCCUUGCCUCUGGUGUACUAGACUUGAUCAUAUUUUUGAGCCUCAAAGAGUGAAUAAGAACAUGCACAGAGAUCUUCUCUGUGAAGCCCACUCGAAGGAGAUUUCAAAACUGGGUUACUGUUCUAAUCAUCAAAAGUUGGCUGAAUCUAGAGAUAUGUGUGAGGAUUGCUUGUCCUCAAGAUCAGAAUUUCAGGGAGUGCUGAAGAAUGUUAAUUUGUUUGAAUGGAUGAACAAAUUGGGAAUGAUUCAGAGUGAUGAAGAAAAAGAAAAUGGUGAGGUAAGUUUGAACUGUUCUUGUUGUGGGGUAGUCUUAGACAAUAAAGAUAGAUAUUCUUCUUAUAUAUUGCUCAAGCCUUCUUGGAAUGUUUUUGAAUCUGGCCACAAAGAAAAAUUGAUUAAAGAGCCUGGGGUUUAUGAUAUAAAAUUAUCAGAUUUUGCGGUUGAUUCAUGUUAUGAUGAACAAGGAUUAGAAAACAAGAAUGAAUCUCAGAUUCUCUCUGAAAAUGAUAGAGGUUUGAGUGUAACAAUUAAGGAUUCAGAGGAAAAUGAUUCUGUUUCUUUAUCUAUGAAUGAGUUGAAAGAAUUAAGAGGUGGAGAAAAUGAAAAUGUGGAAGAAAACCCGAGUAAAAUCAUGGAAGAUAAGUCUGUUCAGGUGUUUGUUGAUGAAGAUCCUUCUGUUGAAGUUUCCAAUCAGCAUCUGGAAUUUUUUCUUGAUUACAGUGGCCACAAACUGGUUUCAGUUGAAUUGAUUGAUUGGGUAAAAGGAGAGGAUCAGAAAAAUGACAACUUUAAAGGUUACAGUUUCAGUGAUAAUGAAGAAUCCACUUUGGAUUCUGAUGUUAAAUUGGGUGUGGGAAACAGAAGUGUACUAGUAGAGGAUGACGCAGAACUUGAUUUCGAUUUAAAUGAGGAACCUGCAUUUAGUUUGCUGGACUCCAUGGACAUGGAAGAGGAUGAAAAUUCUCGAGUUUUUCACACUAAAGAAAGUCAUUUUGAGAUGGAUGUGCUUAAGGAUGAUGCAAAUUUUCAUGCGUCCCAAACUUCGUUUAAAGAUGUAGACGAGUUUGAAGUGAAGGAAGCAAUAGAAGAGGGAAAUGAACAUUCAGAUAUUCUUACAGUUUCUGAAGAAGUUACUCAAAUUCCGAUUAAUGAAACUGAAACUGAAACUGAAGCAGAAGUCUCAAUUGGAACAGAAAUUCCUGAUUUAGAUAUAAUAGAUGAAAUUCAAAACCAAGAAGCUAUUCCUUCAUAUGAAUGCACGCAUGAAGAUCCUUCCGUUAGUUCCACUGUUUUUGUUGAAGUAGAUGAUCAUGGUGCUAUGCUUCAGGAACAGACAGUAGAAUUGCCUGCCUUAUUAGUUACAGACAGUGAUCACGUGAUGAACAAUCGACCAUCGUUUAGUUUGGAACUGAACGAGAUUGAAGAAGACAAGGUUCCUGAUACGCCUACUUCUGUAGAAAGUCUUCAUCAUUUGCACAAGAAAUUGUUGUUGCUCGAGAAAAGGGAUUGUGGGACAGAAGGAUCUUUGGAUGGAAGUGUCACUAGUGAGUUGGAAGGUAGCGAGGGAGUUGUUACUGUUGAAAGCUUGAAAUCGGCACUGAGAACUGAACGAAAGGCUUUGCAGACAUUAUAUACUGAGCUAGAAGAAGAACGGAGUGCUUCUGCAGUGGCAGCAAAUCAAACGAUGGCAAUGAUAAAUCGACUCCAAGAAGAGAAGGCAGCAAUGCAAAUGGAAGCUUUGCAGUAUCAGAGAAUGAUGGAGGAACAAUCUGAAUAUGAUCAAGAAGCAUUACAACUUCUGAAUGAACUUAUGGUAAAGAGGGAGAAGGAAAAACAAGAGCUUGAGAAAGAGUUCGAGUUGUACAGGAAAAAGAUGUUUGAUUACGAAACAAAAGAAAAGAUGAAGCUAUUGAAGAGAAGUAAGGAUGGAAGUACUCGGAGUGGAUUUUCCUCGGCUUCUUGUAGCAAUCUUGAGGAUAGUGAUGGAUUGUCUGCCGAUCUAAAUCAAGAAGUGAAAGACGAAGAGAGUUUCCAUAGCCAUCAAGAAUACGGAGACCACAAUACUCCUGUUAAUGCAGUUCUAAACUUGGAAGAAUCAUUAGCAGACUUUGAGGAAGAGAGGUUGUCUAUUCUAGAGGAGCUCAAGGUUCUAGAAGAGAAGCUAAUGAUACUGGACGAUGAAGAGGAACAGAAGUUCGAGGAUGUCAGAGCAAUGGAAGAUGCCCAUAAAGAGAAUGGGAAUCGUUUGGAUGAAAAUGGUCAUUUUAGUGAAGAUAAUGGGCAUGCUAAUGGUUUUUCUAAUGAGAUGAUGGGGAAACAUCAUUCGCGGACAAAAAUUCUGGGUUCAACCGGGAAAUCACUUCUUCCACUUUUUGAUGCAAUUAAUGAUGAAAACGGUGAUGUUAUCCUGAAUGGAAACUGCAACGAAUAUGAUUGUAAUGGCAAGGAGAAUUCUUAUGAAACGAAGUUUGAAUUUGAGAACAAGAAGCUUGCCAUUGAAGAAGAGGUUGAUCAUCUUUAUGAAAGAUUACAAGCUCUUGAGGCAGAUAGAGAGUUCUUAAAGCAUUGCAUUAGCUCCCUAAAGAAAGGUGACAAGGGAAUGGAUCUCCUUCAAGAGAUUUUACAACAUCUUCGUGAUCUACGUAAUGUUGAGCUCCGAGUGAGAAAUUUGAGCGACAGCGAUAUACUAUGACACUAUUAUUGAAUAUCUUGUGCCUAAAGAAGAUUGUUGGUAAAUCAACAAACCUUAAAAAAUCAAAAUUCCGUUGUUCACUUGUAUAGCACUGCAAGACUUAGAUUACAUUGUUAAGUCUUUAGUCACGGUUCAUUGCAGACUCUAUUUCGAAAGCUCAUUCAAAGCUAUGGACUAGUUGAGUCGAGCACGCCGACACAAGCCUUAAUGGAUGUGGAGGCACCUGAAAAUUAUCUUGUUUUGUGUUGAUGUUGACAGACAACAACUGAGGUCUGCUAAAUUUUAGUCUUUUGUUUCAUGGUCAUUUUGUAAUAGUAAAAUCCCAAUUUUUUUGUGGGUUGGUCCAUCUCCUCCUUUUGAGGAAAGGGGGAUGAUGAUUUAUGUGUAUUUGUUGUGUAGCCUAGUGAGCAAAAGCAGCCACCCUGUCAUUUGUAUGUUUCUCUGAGUAAAAAAAGGCCUGGCCUGGCCUGCUUAAAUGGAAAGAUUCAAUGCCAGGUUCAUAGAAUUAGGAAAGGUACAGCUUUCUUUUUUUUCCAAUUUUUUGAGCUUUUUUGUGGGCAAGGAAGAGAAGGGUUCCUUUUCCAGUCCAAUCUUUUGUAAUAUUUUAAUUAUAAUCAAAAGGUUUGUUUAUUAUAUGAAAAAA